AAAAUGCAGAGAACACGGUUAGAACUUUUUGGCCUACUAGCGUGUGGUCUGGUUAUCCUGGUGCAUCCAAGCUGGUCAUGUGAAACCACCACAUCAACUACAACCACAAAGGACUGGUGGGAAACAGCCCAGUUCUAUCAGAUCUACCCACGCUCCUUUAUGGAUUCUGAUGGCGAUGGUAUCGGCGAUUUGAAUGGCAUCACCAGCAAACUGGAGUACCUCAAGGAUUUGGGGGUCACAGCAGCCUGGCUGUCUCCCAUUUUCACCUCACCUAUGGUGGACUUUGGCUAUGAUAUAUCCGACUUCUUUGACAUUCAACCGGAGUAUGGAACUCUUGAUGACUUUAAGGCACUGAUUGCGCGAGCCAAAGAGUUGGACUUGAAGAUCAUCCUGGAUUUCGUGCCCAAUCAUUCAAGUGAUGAAAACUCUUGGUUUGUAAAGUCUGUGAAUCGCGAGAAGGGCUAUGAGGAUUACUAUGUGUGGCACGAUGGAAAGGUAAAUGCCACCACUGGGGAGAGGGAACCUCCAUCCAACUGGCUCCAAGCUUUCCGUGGAAGCGCCUGGGAGUGGAACGACGUGCGUCAGCAGUACUAUCUCCACCAGUUUGCAGUGCAACAGGCAGAUCUUAACUAUCGGAAUCCGCUGGUUGUGGAGCAAAUGAAGCGGGUGCUUCGCUAUUGGUUGGAUCUUGGAGUGGCUGGCUUCCGUUGUGAUGCAGUUCCCGUGCUCUUUGAAAUCGAGCCGGAUGCAGAUGGUCAGUAUGCCGACGAGGAAGUUAGUGGACUGACGGAUGACGUCGACGAUCGCAAGUACCUGAAGAACGAUCUGAUCGAGAACCGAGCAGAAACGAUUGAUAUGGCGUACCAGUGGCGCGUGGUUAUGGAUGACUAUCAACGUAUCCAUGGUGGCGAUACGAGGGUGCUCCUUAUUGAGACCUAUGCCCCACCUGCCUAUACAAUGCAGUUUUACGGAAAUCGCUCGGUGAAUGGGGCCCAUCUGCCCUUCAACUUCAACCUGAUUACGGUUCUGGCCAGCGACGGUUUCUCGGCGGCAUCCAUCAAGACAGCCGUGGACAAUUGGAUAAACAACCUGCCUGCCGGACGUACAGCCAACUGGGUAAUAGGUAACCACGAUCAGCGAAGGGCAGCUAGUCGAUAUGGAACGGCCAAUGCUGAUGCCAUGAAUAUGUUGGUUAUGGUCCUGCCUGGAGCCAGUGUCACCUACCAGGGCGAGGAGCUGGGAAUGACCGAUGGCGAGAUUAGUUGGGAAGACACUCAGGAUCCUGCGGCCUGCAACUCCAACUCAUCUAUCUAUGAGCAGUUCACUCGAGAUCCCUCUCGAACUCCCUUCCAGUGGACAAGUGGCACUAAUGCCGGUUUCUCUACUGCAUCCAAGACCUGGUUGCCACUGGCGGCUGACUACCAAACGGUGAAUGUGGAAACGGAGGAGGCAGCUACGCGUUCGCAUCUGAAAAUCUACAAGUCGCUGGUGGAACUGAGGAAAUCCUCCCUGGCCCUGCAAAAUGGAUCCACCAAAUAUGGAAUAAUCAGCGAGAAUGUGUUCGUAGUGAAACGUUACCUCUCCGGCACUGCAUCCAUAAUUUAUGUGGCCAACUUUGCCAGCAAGGGUGUCACCGUGAAUUUAUAUGACUUCGACAAGACACUGCCCACCCACUUGACGCUUCUCAUACGCAGCCUGCAGUCGGCAAAAUCGGAGGGCUCGCUAUUCGAGGUCACCGGAUUGAGUCUGGCAGCCGGCGAGGCGUUGGUAUUGGAUGGCAGCAGCAGCAGCACCAGCACCAGCAGUCGUUCUUCCCGAUUCGAUUAAAUGGCGUAGCCUAUCCGACGCACUUGAAACAUACUGACUCAGGCCACUCAAUCGGUAUUUAUCUUCGGCUCAAAGCAAAUAUGCCGUGGCUUGCAUAAAUAAAUAUAUAAGUGAAAA